GAGAUCAAAAUGCCGACCACUCCGUUGAUGUCGCCGGCAGAGGAGCAGGAGAAGCUGCUGGAGCAGGCCCUGGGGGCUGUUAAGAAUCAGGCCUUCCAAAUGAAAAGAUGCUUGGACAAGACCAAACUCAUGGAUGGGUUGAAGCAUGCAUCUGACAUGCUUGGGGAGCUCAGGACUUCGAUGUUGUCACCAAAGAGUUACUAUGAGCUCUACAUGGCAAUAUCAGAUGAAUUACGGCACCUGCAGCAGUAUCUCGUGGAGGAGUUCAGCAAGGGCAGGAAGGUUGCUGAUCUCUAUGAGCUGGUUCAAUAUGCAGGAAACAUUGUGCCACGUCUCUACCUUCUCGUCACGGUCGGCGUCGUCUACAUCAAGUCGAACGAGAACUGCAGAAAGGACAUCAUGAAGGACCUGGUGGAGAUGUGCCGCGGCGUACAGCACCCUCUGCGCGGCCUCUUCCUUCGCAACUACCUCCUGCAGUGCACACGCAACAUUCUGCCUGACACCGAACAGGAAUCGUCAAAUAAUGCAAGAAGUUUAGGCGAAAAUCAUUCAAGAAACACACAGCGUCACUUAGAGGAGGCUACAGGAUGUGGUUCGGGAACUAUCCAAGAUUCUAUCGAUUUUAUUUUACUGAAUUUUGCUGAAAUGAACAAGUUGUGGGUUCGAAUGCAACACCAGGGUCACUCACGUGAUAAAGACAAGCGGGAACGUGAACGACAAGAGCUUAGAAUCCUGGUCGGAACAAAUCUCGUGAGAUUGAGCCAGCUGGAAUGUGUCGACAUAGAAAGAUUCAAGAAGGGUGUGUUGCCAGGAAUUCUAGAACAGGCUGUCAGCUGCAAAGAUCCGAUUGCCCAGGAAUAUUUGAUGGAGUGCCUUAUUCAGGUAUUCCAGACGAGUUCACCUGCAGACCCUGAAUUCCUUUUUGCAAGCCUGUGCAGAACUGCAUCAGCAGGUCAAUGUGAAGAACGUGAUCAUUGCACUAAUCGACAGGCACGGCAAGACAUGCCUGCAGAAGAUGUGGUAGCUCUUCAAGUCCUCAUCAAUCUCGCUCUUAAGUGCUAUCCAGAUAAGUUACUAUGUGAUAAAGUGCUAGAGACAACAGUGGACAUCUUCCAAAAACUCAGCGUAGAGAAGAUAGAAAGUAAUACAAUUGUGGCGAAAGAACUGACAAAGCUGCUGAAGAUUCCUGUGGACAACUACAAUGAUGUGCUGGUCCUGAUGCAGCUGCAGCACUUCCAGCCUCUGAUAGAGUACUUUGACUGUUCAGCACGAAAGUCCAUGGCCACAUACAUCAUUGAGAAUGUGUUGGACAACAAUACCCUUAUUCCAACUCAAGAGCAGGUUGAUCAGGUACUGCUCCUGGUAUCGCCUCUUGUCACCGAUCAACAAGAUCAACCAGCCGGUGAGGAGGAUCCUGAAGACUUUGCAGAGGAGCAGGGACUGAUGGGCCGAUUUAUAAACCUGCUGCAGUCUGACAGCCCGGAUCAACAGUAUCUGAUACUUAACACAGCACGACAACGUUUUGGAACUGGGGGAAACAAGAGAAUAAAAUUCACACUGCCACCAAUAGUGUUUGCUGCCUACAGAUUGGCCUUUAAGUACUGGGAUAUACGUGAUCAGGAUGACAAAUGGGAGAAAAAGUGCCAGAAGAUAUUCCAGUUCUGCCACCAAACAAUCAGUGCGCUCAUCAAAGCCGAGUUUGCUGAAUUGUCACUGCGCAUAUUCCUCCAAGGCGCAAUCGCUGGUGGACAGAUUGAGUUUGACAACCAUGAGUCUGUAACAUACGAGUUCAUGUCUCAGGCGUUUUCGCUGUACGAAGACGAGAUCAGUGACAGCAAAGCACAGCUGGCUGCUAUUAUGCUCAUCAUCUCCACGCUGGAGCGCAUGGCCUGCUUCAGCGAUGAGAACCAUGAGCCCCUGCGCACGCAGUGCGCACUCGCCGCCUCCAAGCUGCUGAAGAAACCAGACCAGUGCAGGGGCGUGUGCACGGUCGCCCACCUGUUCUGGUCGGGCAAGAAUUUGUCUAGCAAGGGAGAGGAGCUACGCGAUGGAAAGAGAGUCAUAGAAUGUCUGAAGAAAGCUCUGAAGAUCGCCAACCAGUGCAUGGACCAGUCUGUGCAAGUCCAGCUGUUUGUUGAAGUGCUGAAUCAAUAUAUCUACUUCUAUGAGAAAGGGAACGACCAGAUCAAUGUGCAAAUCCUGAACCAGCUCAUUGGGAAGAUUAGAGAGGAACUUCCAAAUCUCGAAGCUAACGAGGAGACAGAGCAGAUCAAUAAACAUUUUCACAACACAUUAGAACAUGUGCGAGCACGGCAGGAACUGGCACUCGAAGACAGUCCUUCAUACGAGGGGGUAAUUUUGUGAAUGAUAUCUUAUUGCUAGUAAUAAAUGUUGUUCUAAAACAGCAACCUAUUUUCAUCUAUAAAAUGUAGGAGUUAUUAAGACUUAUUUGGAUUUUACAUAACCCAGUCAGCCAAUAAUCAGUGUUAAUAUGUCAAUUGUCGUUCAUCUUUUAACACACUAUUUCCAUCGAAUAGGCAUGUGUAGUCAUUAUAUACACAUUUAUAUUAUUGUAAUCAUAUCAAAUUUUGGUCUGUUAAGAGCAAACUUAAUCUGAACAAACAGAUAUCAUUAUGAUGACGAGUAUGCAUUAUCCAGAAGGGAAAAAUAUCAGUGCCAUGUACAUAUUUCAUUGCAUUGCAUGAUAGAUAUUGCUGAAAUUUUAUGUAGUGCAAAAAAGUGUGACCCUUGACUGUGAAACAAGUAAGAAGUGACACACUGACAUUUCAUGCUAGAUAUACAAUAUUGGAAAUAUAGAUCACCACAAACAAUAUAAUUAUUUAUUUUCAAAAUUAAAGGGAUACAUUUCUCUAGGUUCUUCAAAUAUUUUCAGCUAAG